CUGGAACUGGGUAAGUGGAGCUCCUCUGGAACUUGCAGCACACUUUGACAUGUGGGCUUAAUUCUACUUCUCUUGGGAGGCCGGAUACCAGACUACACCAUCGAUGGGAAUUUCAGGGAUCAUGGAUCUUGAGGCGUACUAUAAAAGGAUUGGUUAUAAGAACCCCGGGAACAAACUGGACUUGGAAUCACUGACGGGCAUUCUUCAGCACCAGAUCAGGACUGUUCCCUUUGAAAACCUUAGUCUGCACUGUGGGGAGUCCAUGGAGCUGGACUUAGAGGCCAUUUUUGAUAAAAUUGUGAGGAAGAAUCGAGGUGGAUGGUGUCUCCAGGUCAACUAUCUUCUGUACUGGGCUUUGGCCACCACCGGGUUUGAGGUCACAAUGUUAGGAGGGUAUGUUUAUAGCAGGACCACCGAAAAAUACAGCACGGGCAUGAUUCACCUUCUAGUACAGGUGACCAUUAAUGGCAGGAAGUACAUUGUGGAUGCGGGGUUUGGACGCUCCCAUCAGAUAUGGCAGCCUGUGGAGCUGAUUCCUGACCAGGAUCAGCCCCAGGUGCCUAGCAUAUUCCGUUUGAGAGAAGAGGGUGAAACCUGGUACCUGGACCAAAUCAGAAGACAGCAGUAUAUUCCAAAUGAAGAAUUCCUGAAUUCUGAACUCCUGGAAAAGGAAAGCUACCGAAAGAUCUACAGCUUCACUCUUCAACCUCGAACAAUUGAGGAAUUCGAGCCUGUGAACACGUACCUCCAGGAAUCUCCAUCAUCUGUGUUCCUGGACAAAUCAUUCUGCUCCUUGCAGACCCCAGAGGGGUUCAGUUUGGUGGGGUUUGUCCUCACUUCCCGGAUAUUCAACUACAAAGAAAAUACUGAUCUGGUAGAGUUUAAAACUCUAACAGAGGAGGAAGUUGAAGAAGUGCUGAAAACCAUAUUUAAUAUCUCCUUGGGAAAAAAGCUUGUGUGCAAAUGUGGUGAUAAAUUUUUUACUGUCUAAAGUAAGGAGCAAAAUUGUCUUUAGUAUUACACGUACUUAAACCUUUUAUUAUAUGAAAACAAAUAUGGAAAACGACAAUGAAUAGAAUG